CAUGUCUUAUGCCCCAAGACAAACUGGUUUCAGACCAAGAGUAUUGCAGUCCACACACUGUCUUCUAAUCCACCACCUGCUCUCCUCUGUAUUUAUUUCACCUUCCCUCGCUUUAUUUUAACACCAUGUUCGAGGAGAUGUGGAACUCCACGGAUCAGGUUGGGCUCAACGGAUCAGAAGCAAAUGCAUCUCUUGGAAAACGUUCAUACGACUUAGAAGAGGGGGGGAACCAGCAUCCAUUUCUGACCGAUGCCUGGCUGGUACCGCUGUUCUUCUCUCUCAUCAUGCUGGUCGGACUGGUGGGCAACUCUCUCGUUAUCUAUGUCAUUUCCAAACACAGGCAGAUGCGAACAGCCACCAACUUCUACAUAGCAAACCUGGCUGCCACCGACAUAAUCUUCUUGGUGUGCUGCGUCCCCUUCACUGCCACUCUCUAUCCUCUCCCUGGUUGGAUCUUCGGCAAUUUCAUGUGCAAAUUUGUUGCCUUUCUGCAGCAGGUGACAGUGCAAGCCACAUGCAUCACCCUGACUGCCAUGAGUGGAGACCGCUGUUACAUCACAGUCUACCCUCUCAAAUCUCUCCGUCACCGCAGCCCAAAAGUAGCCAUGAUAGUCAGCGUUUGCAUUUGGAUUGGCUCCUUAAUCCUGUCCACCCCAAUCUUAAUGUACCAGCGGAUAGAGGAGGGCUACUGGUACGGUCCAAGGCAAUACUGCAUGGAGAGAUUUCCCUCCAAGACGCAUGAGAGAGCGUUCAUCCUCUACCAGUUUAUUGCUGCCUACUUGCUUCCAGUGCUCACAAUCUCUUUUUGCUACUCUAUGAUGGUGAAGAGAGUGGGUCAACCCACUGUAGAGCCUGUUGACAACAAUUAUCAGGUCAACCUCCUGUCUGAGAGAACGAUCAGCAUCAGGAGCAAAGUCUCAAAGAUGGUAGUGGUGAUCGUCCUCCUCUUCGCCAUCUGUUGGGGACCCAUCCAGAUCUUUGUGCUUUUCCAAUCCUUCUGUCCAAACUAUCAACCCAACUACACAAUGUACAAGAUCAAGACCUGGGCCAACUGCAUGUCCUACGCCAACUCCUCCGUCAACCCCAUAGUUUAUGGCUUUAUGGGAGCCAGCUUCCAAAAAUCCUUCAGGAAAACCUUCCCCUUCCUGUUUAAACACAAGGUCAGGGAUAGUAGCAUGGCUUCAAGGACUGCCAAUGCAGAGAUCAAGUUUAUUGCUGCAGAGGAAGGCAACAACAAUAAUGGUGUGAACUGAAUCUGACCAUUUAAAGACAAAGAGUGAGAUUAUUGCUUCCUGAGAAUCUCAGUGACGGGUGUCAGCCAAAACACCCUUUGGAAACUGUUCUCAGUGAACCAUUGUUCAAUCGCAAAACGGAAGAACUUAUAAGGGAACACUGUGCUUAGCGUUCAGAUUGUAUUCAUUUUAAUAUUCAUGCAAAUGGUUAAUAGAAACUGCCAGUCAGUCAGUAGUUAAAAUAGAUCCACAGCUUAGAUUUUAAUGAAUUGCCUUUGCCUGAACUGAAUUAGUGUGUGGGUGUUUGAGAAAAGCAGAACUUUUCCCGGGGUUUAAGAAUGCAUAUGCUCUUCGCUGACUGUUCCGAGGCGCCGGAUCUCAACGCCUACUAGACAGACGCUAACUUGGUUUAGUUUUCCGCCAGGUGUUAAGGGGAAUCUGGUGAAGCGAGUAGCAGGGGCAAGCUAUGAAAAGAAGCUAGCUAGAAGCUCCGAGAAGUUGCGUCAACUGGAACAGUAAAAGUAUCACAUUGGUAAGGUUUAUACUUUCAAGUGCUUUCAGCAAUAUCAGAAAGGCGCCUCGCUGACAAAACAAAUAGUUGUAAGUCUUUACAAGCAAAAUGUGUUUGAUCGUUUGCAUACGUCUUAUUUGGGUAGACUGCAAUUGUUUG